AUGGCGAAGCUGGGAGCCUGGGAUUGCCACCUGUCAGCAUCUGGAGGGCCUAUAGGACCUACACCCUCCUGUCGGCAUCUGGAGGGCCGACAGGACCUACCAGCCAUCAGCCCCCGAUUACAAAUUGCUUGGAGAGCAACCUCGCAGGACGAAGACGAGAAGGAAGGGCAGGAAGCAAUGCUUCGCAUUGCACUGGAGUUAAUAAAAUGCAUGCAUGGGUCAUGGGGGUUUGAUGGUCAUACUCUGAUUGGGCUUGCUUAUGAAUGCCAGGCAUCCUGCACCAUUGGCUUGUUCUGCAAAGGUACCGUGGUUGAUUCAAAGAUUUGCCAUCCUACUGAGUUUGAUUUCUACCUGUGUAGCCAUGCUGGCAUUCAGGGAACAAGCCGCCCUGCUCGUUAUCAUGUCCUGUGGGAUGAGAACAAGUUUACGGCUGAUGAGCUGCAGACUCUGACAAACAACCUAUAUGCUAGGUGCACCCGCUCUGUGUCAAUUGUGCCUCCUGCAUACUAUGCUCAUCUGGCAGCCUUCCGAGCUCGCUUCUACAUGGAACCAGAUACCUAUGACAGCGGGUCAAUGGCAAGUGGCGCCCGUGGGCCUCCACCAGGUGGGGCACGCAGCAGUAGGGCUGCGGGAAGUGUUGCUGUUAGGCCCCUGCCCGCUCUUAAGGAGAACGUGAAGCGUGUCAUGUUUUACUGCUGA